UGACAUGAACAACCCAUGAUGGCAUCUCCCAGUCCCACGGAUCCUCCAAAGGAAGCAGUUCCACAAAUACAGAGCCGUAAACUACGCAUAUGUGAGCUGAUUGGAAGUGGCGCAUUUGGGAAAGUGUACAAGGCUGAGCAUACGGAACUGCACCACAGUGUGGCAGUGAAGUGCAUAUGCAGUGAAUAUGGAUUAGAUGCAAGGGGUAAGCAAGCCUUGUGUGAUGAAGCAAGUAAACUACUGAAAGUAAGGAGCCAGUACAUUGUAAAUGUCCAUGGGAUUUGUUUAGAACCAAUGUUUUAUGCCCUGGUGAUGGACUUUGAAGAGAAUGGGUCAUUGCAAAUGUUAUUUGAGAGGGCUGAUAUCCCUUGGCCGCUGCGUUGGAGAAUUCUUUACCAGACCUCCCUGGGGAUGAACUACCUGCACACCCUGAACCCCAUGAUCCUCCACCUCGACCUCAAGUCACAGAAUGUGCUGCUCAGCGAGGAUUUCCAUGUCAGAAUCUGUGACUUUGGUCUAUCCAUGUGGAAGAGGCACUCCACAGGGGCAGGGGGGAUACAGAAGAAAGUGGGUGGUACUGUUACACACAUGCCUCCAGAGGCCAUGCAAGACAUCAACAUGGUGCCAACUACCAAAUUUGAUAUUUAUGGCUAUGGUAUUCUCAUCUGGGAGGUUUUAUCAGGGAAAACACCUUAUCAAAAUGCAGCCAACGAACUGCACAUUCAAGGCUGUGUCAAAGCAGGUCAGAGGCCCGACUUAAAAAGUAUAAAUAUCCCUUCAGAGCUGGAACAGGAGGGGCAGUGUGUCUUGAAAUUAAUGGAGAAAUGCUGGCACCAGAGACCACAGUUCAGACCAGAGUUUUCAGAGUCUGUAGGAUUGUUAGAACAAGUCUACACAAAGUAUAAACAAGAUGCCAAAGCUGCUGCAAAUAAUCUUCCAAAACAGAUGGAGGAGGAGUCUGCAGUGACAGGUAUGACAAAUGAGUUUAAGGGGAUGACCCUGGAAGACGUGAUACGUAAUAGCAAUACUGUGGUUCCAGAGGAAAAACAAAUGGACCAAGAUUUGACAGAAGUGAACAUGGAUGCAGAGCCUUCACUCCCAAUAGCUAAAGAAGACACCAACCGUCCAAAACCAACAGUGAUGCAGGAAACAGGAGCAGUAGGGAGAACAGCAAGGCCUAAUGUUGGGGCUACAGGGAAGGCAGCUGCAACAGCUCAGCAGAAAGUCCAUGCAAUCCCACAGUUUCCAAUGCCAACUGUGCCUGCUCAAAUGCCAGUAGCUAAUUUGGGCGGAACGCACAAUAUCAGCAUAUCAAACAGUCACAACAUACAAAUUGGAGACCAGAAUGUGAUAAACGUCCCAGCAGAUUUUUUUCCUGCCCACGCUCAACAGCUAAUGCAGAUGAUUGCCAGUCAUCAGCAGCAGCCUGCUGCCAACGUGAAUGUUCCUCUUAUAAACCCAGACAAAAUAUUGGGUACCAGUGACUUUAUGAAGCUGUCCAGAGCUAUUGGGAGGAAUUGGAGGGUUCUUGGAAGAAGUCUUGGACUCGAUGAUGCUGAGCUAGAUGCCAUUCAUCAUGAUACACAUGUGGAAGGGAUGCAAGAAAUGUGCUACCAGAUGCUACGGAAGUGGAAGGAAAGACGAGGCCAGGGCGCCAACUUGAGAAACUUUGCUGCGGCGUGCAAUCAAGAACAGAGGUUUGAUCUGAUAUUUUUGAUAAACAAUUGACAAUUGUUUCUGAAGAUAAUUAGUUGACAAUUAUAUGAUAAUUUUAAUUUCAUGUUUUUACUGGAAGACUUACAAAUUACAAAAUCACAGGGGAAAUGAUGUUGUGUUUGGUGGUCAGAAAUCCUUGCGAUGAGAAUGAAACAUUUGUCUUUGCUGUGAUAUUUAUUAGUCCAGGAAAAGGUUUUAAAAAUGAAUAUUAGCAUGAUUGGUGUCUUGAAAGGAACAUAACAUGUAAGAUCUGUUUUUCAAAGGAGCAUUUUUUUUUUGGGG